AUGGCCUUUUUGGUGAUCCAUGUGGGUGCUGGGCACCAUUCUUUUAAUUCCAGAGACGAAUACAAGCGGCUCAUCCGCUCUGCACUUCGCACAGGGUCUCUUCUUGAAAGCAGUGGUAUCAUUGAACAAUCACAUCUCACCAACACAGGCUACGGCUCAGCACUAGACAGAUAUGGCAAUGCUUCUUGCGAUUGUACCAUAGCACUGUCGACAGAAGCCGGUACUGACGUGCUUUCGCUUCUCGGUAUUGAUGAUAAGACCAGCCCUACAACUGAAUGCAUCCAUAUCAAGAACAAGCUUGAUGAGGAAUUCAACGACCUGAAAAGCCUUGGUCUUCUGAAGCCAGCUUCACUACAAUACUACCAUGUUAAGAAAAGUCAUGGAACAGAUGAAUCUUCCGAAUUGGCUCUGCCGGCUGCAAAACGGCUCUACCUGAAGUAUAAGGACUUCCCAGAACCUCCACAACAACCAGUGCAAGACACAGUUGGGGUAAUAAAUUUUGACAAUGAGCUUACCCUAUCUACAUCUUCAGGUGGAACUUUUUUGAAGUUUCCUGGCAGAGUCAGCUGUGCUGGGAUUUAUGGAAGUGGUCUGGCUAUAGCUGAGACAGAAGGGACUCGUAUUACUUGCUUGUGCAGUGGGAAUGGAGACGAUAUCAUCAGAAUGAGGUUGGCAGGACAUAUUGCUGACAUUCUUCUACGAAGUGCUAAAGAUGAUGACUGGCCUGACUUCCCGGCCAUUAUGGUUAGCAAUACUAUUAACCAGAGCAAGACAGUAACAUUAUCAGCUCGGGAUAAUAACCACAAUCCCAUAGUCUAUGUUGGGGUAAUAGCUGUUAUACAACACGAGGGAAGGACAACAUUAGCAUACUGUCAUAGUACAGAGUCAUUUUAUUUCGGAUUCGUCAAUAGCAAUGGGGAAAAAGAAGUUGUAUUGAGCAGCCAGUCUGACGAAGCAAAGAUUGGUCAUUUCGUCAGCGGACAAUAUAAGUUAUAA